GUAUAAAAUAUGGGUUGAUUAUCAAGUGAAAAGCUUAUUAUUGUUGGCAUUAAGUCCAGAAUACAAACAAAUCAAGAUUGCACCAGUAAUCAAUAUUAAAAAAUGAAGUCAUUUUUAAUUGUGAUAGCUCUUCUCGUCUCAACUGCUUAUGUUGGAUGUUCAUCAAACAGCGAGCUUUUGGACAAAUUGGAUGACUUGUUGGUCGAAGCUUCCCAAAAGAACAACAAAGCCGCAGUCGAUGCUGUUUCAGACGCCAUUGACACCGUUGGCUUAGCCCUUCUUCAAAUGUCAGGAAAAGAUGAAUCAACCAAAAACAUGUUACAAAGUCACAUUGAUGUUGUCCGAUCAGACUUGAACAAGCUUGAAAAGAUGGUUAACCAACAGAUUAAAACUCGUGGUUUCUUCUCAGCAGUUGGCGGUGCUUUCAAUUUUGUCACAUCCAAGGCAUCUUUGCUCACCGAAAAGGUCCAAGGCAUCUUGUCAAAGGUCGCCCAUUCUGGUUUCGGUGGUUUAAUCGCCCUUUUCCAGCCUUUCCUUGAAAACGUCAUGAACAAUCCUCAGCUUAAAAAUAUGGUUGGAGGUCUUGAGAUUGUUACCAAAGCUCUUGAACAAUUGAACAAAAUGACUGGUGGUAUGUUUGAACCAUUGAACGCUGUCACCGACAUUUUGGCUAACAUCGAAUCAACCGGUAAAUUGUUCGAAGGUAUGACUUCAGCCAACUCAUCUGAUGCCAUUGCUGAUGCCUUGAUCCACACCUUGGUCAAUGCUAAGAGUAGCCAUGCUCAUAAAAUUGAAAAGGCAUUGGACUAUGUUUGUAAUGGUGUUGAAGAACAAUCAUCAUAAACAUUUAAAAGUAUACAUUCCUUGAUUAGUCGGAUUGAUUAGCAAUUUAUGUUUUCAAGGCAGAUUCGUCUGCAUUUACCUCUUGUUGAUCAAUAAAAGAUUUGUAAAUUCAA